AUGGCGGACAAUUCAGAUUCACUGGAGGACGCAGUUCGAAGAUGUGUCCGAGAAGAACUUAAUACACGUGGAAAUGCCAGACUCAGGUGAAUAGAACGAGAAACUCGAUUCGUUCAUCUGCGUCCUUUAGUGCGAGACAGCUUGGCGAGACAGGUGAACAACAAUCAGCUUCUACGUCUGAAUUUUCUCGAAAUGCACCAGCUCGUGCACACAAUAGAUCGACUUCUUUAACCGGACAUCCUUUACGAAAUAGAAAAGCGCCUUCUUCAAAGCAAAAGGGGCAUGUUGUGCCGAAGACAGUGUUUCUU